AUGUCGAAUUUUUGGAAAUUAGUUUUGAUUUUGUGCGGAUAUCCUCUACUCAGUGCCUAUGUCGAGAGCCAGCUGCACAACAACUCCAAUUUGUUACAAAAAAUUCAUAAGGAACGUAACUUCGAUAGCCUGUUAAUUGUGUAUGACCAGGAUUUGGUGACUUCUCAAUUUCAAGACCUCUUCAAAUUUCCGUUACCCAAAUUAAUCGUGACCAAGGAGAUGCCAGAUUUUGUGUAUAAGAAAAAAUUCAAUGCCGAAAUUUUGUGUGUCCUCAUCGUGCAAAGAUCCAUGGAUGCAAAAUUCCUGAAUCUAACCUCUGCAAUAUUGAAUUAUAUACGUCAGACACGAAUUCUUAUGUUGGCGGAAAAUAUUGAAAAUUUGGAAAUUUUUAUGCGGGAACUUCGAGAGCUAUGUGAGAUCUACAAAAUGACAAAUGUGCUUUUGAAAGUGGCCCUUGAGAAGAACUACCAGUUCGUCAUGCUAAAACCCUAUCCCGAAUAUCAUUGGCAAGCCUGGAACUCUGGCAUCCUCUAUCCUCAACAUUGGCGGAAUAUGCAACAAAAAUCCCUACUCACCUACACCGAUCAAACCCCGCCGCGAGCAUUACUUUUUCGAGAUCCCAAGACAAAGGAGUUACGCCUCAAUGGCUUCAUACCCCGCAUGGUUAUGUUGUUUGCGGAACAUUUCAAUGCCAAGCUGGAAAUGUACCCAGAAGUGAAACUGGGUAAGCCCACCCACUACACCAUUAUCAAUGAUAGGUUGGAAGAGCUACAGCUGGAUAUACCCAUGGUCCUUGAUACCGGACCCGAAGAAAAAUGGCUAAAUAUGUCAUAUCCCCUCGAUGUGGCUCAGGGUAUUUUUAUGGUACCCUGUGCCCAACCGCGCACCAUACGUGAGGUUUUCAAUAUUCUAUUGGGUUGGAAUUUUUUCUGUUCAAUAACAAUAUGUACGGUGUUGUUAUCCUUGGUCCACUCCCUUUAUGACUAUGCCUUCCUUCGCCACUGGAGACCCACAAGUUUCCUGCUGAAUGAACGCAUUCUACCCGGCGUGUUGGGACAAUCAUUUGUGGCUCGCAAAACCCAACUGCAGGGCUUGAAAUUGGUCUACUUUUUAUUAUUCUUUGCCGGUCUGAAUGUGAGUACCCAAUUUUCGGCCAGGGUGCAGACCCUUUUCACCCAUCCCACCUAUCAUCAACAAAUUGAAAAUAUGGAAAAGCUGAAACAAUCCCCCCUGAAAAUUCUACUCGAUGCCAUUGAGGCCCAAUAUAUUCUGCCACACAUUGAGGGUCUAACAUCCUCCCUGGUCAUCACCCGAAAUUCCACAUAUUUUCAGGAUAAUCGACAUCGUUUCAAUACCCAAUAUGGCUAUUAUAGUUCCUCUACCCUGUGGGAAAUGUAUCGGCAGAAGCAACAAUAUUUUACCCACAAGGUAUUUUGCACUUCGGAUGGCCUCACCGUGUUUCGCCUUCUGCCCUGGGGAUUUCGUCUGCAAUUUAAUUCGCCCUAUCAGGAAGCUUUGAAUUAUCUGAUACAUCAGAUCCAUGCAGCGGGGCUGAUACAAGCUUGGCAUUCAAGUACCUUUUCGGAUAUGUUGAGAUUGAAAUGGAUUUCGAUACGUGAUCCAAAUCCGGAAAGGGCGGCUAAGAUAUUGGUGGUGCAGGAUUUCUAUUGGAUUUGGUUAAUUGUGGCCAUUGGUUCGGGAUUGGGUUUCUUAGCAUUUAUGUUCGAAUUAAUUUGUUACAAAAUUAGCGCAAAAUAA